CGGAGUGGAGUAUAUAUGAUUUAUUAUUUUAAAAUAAAACAAAAAGGCUACCAAGUACCAACUCCCACUCAGGCAUGCAUCCAUCCAGCUGCCUGAUCAUGUAUAUAAAUAUACAGAUACCCAUCCAUUAGCUAGCCCACAAUAUACUAUCCCCGCCCUAUUUAUUUAUUUCCCGGCCGGUCCAAAACCUAAGCCGUGUGCAUGGGAGCUUCUUGCAUCCAUGAGAUUUUCAAGCUAAGCUAAGAUGAUGAAGAAAGAGUAAGCUAUAAUAAAACAAAAAGUGAAGAGGGAUUAUUAUUUAAUAUUGAGUGUGGAAAUGCGGCCUUCAUCGGAAAACCACGGCUCUCCGAUGCGUUUCGUGUCAUUCCGGCGGCCAAUCCUGACGCUCAGAGGCGGUGACCAAGUCCACGCCUUGCUAUUGGACCACAACAAGUCAACCGGCCAAGUUGACUCCCAGCUCGAAGCCUUCCAAUCCAAAGUCGCCGCCCGCUUCCACGACCUCUCCGUCGGCAACGGCAAAGAUCAGUUUCUCUCUGUUUCUUGGAUCCGAAAGCUUCUCGAUGCCUUCUCCAAAUGCCAAGAUGACUUCAGGCUCAUCAUCAUGUCCAAAAAAGACGCCACCGCCGCCGCAUUCGGUGGUUCCAAACCGCCCACAGAGAGGAUCUUGACCGAGUACUUUGACCGGACGAUCAAGGCCCUCGACAUCUGCAACGCCGCCCGAGACGGGAUCGAGAAGAUCAAGAGGUGGCAGAGGCAUUUGGAGAUUGUGGUUUGUGCAUUGGGGGCCCCACAGACUGGUGGUAAAACGACGGUCGGGGGAGGGAACCUCCGCCGUGCAAGAAAGGCUCUGAUAGAUCUCGCACUCUGCAUGCUGGAAGAUAAUAACAGUAACAAAGACAGCUGCGCCGCUGGCGGUGCCGCUGGCGGUGCCGCUGGCGGAGGGGGAGGGGGGGUGUUUUCGAGCACCCGGAGCAGGUCUUUUAUACGACGCCCGAAAGACCACACUCGGCCCGCUCGGAGCCGCCACGCGAGGUCACUGUCAUGGAGUGUUUCGACUUCGUGGUCGGCGUCAAAACAGCUCCAGCUUCUCGCGAAUAGCGUGGGCCCGCCCAAGCCGACCGACGUUCUAGCGUCAAACGGCUUGGCCUCUCUGGUCCACACGAUGAGCUUUGUUCUGGUGUUUGUUUUGUGGGUUCUGGUGGCCGGGAUCCCUUGUCAGGACCGCGGGGUCCACACGAACAUCGUCAUCCCCCGGCAAUGCUGGGGCCGACCUUUCCAUAUUCUCCAAGCCAGGAUAAUGGAGGAGUCUAAAAAGAGGGAGAGGAGAAACUCCAAUGGGCUGGUGAAGGAGAUUUGUGUCAUGGAAGAAGGUGUGAGUCACUUGACUGAGCUGGUUGACUCCUCUUCUCAGCUCUCUGAGCAGCAAAUGGAAGAGCUCAUGGGGAGAGUUCAAGAGCUCAUGUCUGUCUGUGAAGUCUUCAAAGCUGAGCUUGACCCUCUCGAGCGCAAUUUGCGGGAAGUAUUCAGGAAAAUCGUCAGUUGUCGCGUUGACGGUCUUGAGUUCCUUGGAAAUAAGGGGAGUUAGAUGAGACCAUCAGACGUUGCAACGAACAUACGUAGCUGCAUGCAUUCUCGAGAAUCGGUCCCACUUCAAACACGUAUAUAAAAAUGCAAACUAAACAUAUGAUUCGUAUUUACACGAACGUAACGCAAAACCUUAUAUGUUGGUUUGUACUUUUAUAUUUGAUUCGGUGAAUGGACGAAUCACUUAACAGGAAGUGAAUGUUUUCACAGAAUUCUAUUCCAUAUCAUUUGGGGGGGGGGGGGGGGGGGGUAACUAUUUAAUUUCUACUUGUAUGAUUUUAUAAAAAUAUGCAUAAUGUCACAUGCAUGCAACAUUUCAAGAAAAAGCAAACAAAAAAGAGUGGUUAUCUUUCACUUUCUCUGUAGCAUGAAUGUGUUGGCAGUAUUAUUAUUUUUUUAUGAUCAAAUUAAAGUAAUUUGAUAAUGCAAAAAGCUCGCAAUAGUAUGUUUGUUUAUGAUGUUAUGGCGGUUAUAUAGAAUCUGUUUAUUCCCUUU